GAUCGACUUGAAGCUUUUUGCAUCGGUGUAUAUGGAUAAGCAUUUCUCAUGUUCUUGAAAAGAUAAGAUGGUUAUAAUGACAACCGCUGACACUUUAUGCAUUGUGGGAACAUAUGUUUUUGUCUGUCAUUCUCCUGAUUGUGAUGAGAUAAGCUCUAUGUGAUUCUCUGAAGGUGCCUUUGUUUACCCAUCUCCAUCCCGAAAAUACCUGAUCGAACAGGCUGAAUCGGUGUCUGAUCAAAUAUCGAUGGCGUUCUACCACUACUCCAACUACUAUCAGAAUCAUCAGCAGGAUCACGGUGAGGAUAAUUUCUCUUGCAAUUUUAGCUAUGAUUAUGCUUCAGAUCGACCCUUCUUAACAUCUUACUCCAACAACCCCGACAAUGAGUUCUUUGAGAACCAGUCCUUUGGAUAUGAUCUUCAUCAACCCGAUGACAUCGAGAAUGCUGUUUCUUACCCUUCUUCCUAUGCUGACUUCUCCUCGGAUCAGCAGCUCGUAACAUCUUAUCUAGCCUACAGCUUCAAUGAAGAUAAUCAAUUCUUCGGUGUGCAUGGCUACAAUGGCCAUCCUCCUCAUCAUCAUGAGCACCGUGCUUCUUAUUACAGCUACACUCCGAUCCAACCCACAGUUGCAUACUCUGCCUCCCCUUUGUAUGAGUCAAAAACCUUCAAAAUCGACCCUCAUAACCCCUAUGAGACCCGAUUCAUUAUAUCCUAUUCUACCAUGGAGUUUAAUGAGCCUGAGUUCGAGGACUAUGACCCAACGCCUUAUGGGGGCGGCUACGAUCCUUCCUUGACUUAUGGGAAGCCUCUCCCACCUUCGGAUGAGGUUUGCUACCCAAAAGAUUCCGGCAAGGAUGAUGCAAAAGUACAACCCCAAGGUAAAAUAGCAGCUCCUGAAGAGAUCACUGUGCCUGCUCCUAUUGAAGGGACCGAUCGGGGAGAAGAGCGGUCGACGGGGAAGCAGGAAGAGCCGAAGCCCCUUGUCCCAGUUCCGGAAGUGGAAAAGCAGGGAGACCAAGAGUACGGGACUUAUAAUUCCCCACCAGAGGUUAACGCAAAUGGAGACGACAGGAUGUUCCCCCUGCCCCCACCAGGGCUUGGGUUGGACGCAUUGGAUAUCUGUGAGAGCUUGUUCGGGUACUGGCCAUGUCUAGCUCGGGAUGCAAGGCGAGGGUACUGCUGCUGUCCACACGGAUAUGACUAUCGAGGAAGAUGCAUCCAAAGGAUUAAUGAAUGUGAAGGCGCUGCAAAUUAUCUCUUCGGGAGCCCAGAUCCCUACUAUGGUAUGACUAAUGAAGGAAGGGCAUAUGAUCGUGAAAUUGGUGAGUUUACUUCUUAUUCUUACUCUUCUUCCUCUUCUUCUUCUGUCUAUACCCAAGAAAGGCAGCAUUAUGAGGAUCAAGGAGUUCAGCACAGGCAGGCUGAGUAUGAUCAGAUUUCAUGGAUUGACAAGUUAAAGAUCUAGUGAGGACUUUAAUGAUCGAUCUUGCUCUAUCUGGACGACUCGGGAAAAUUUCUACUGCACCCGAGAUAUUGUACCUGAGGGUUCAUCAACUGUUACAUGAUGUUUGUGCAUGUUCGUUCCUUGUAUUUUACUAGUAAAUUAGUACAAUCACUUGGCAGUUGGCUCAUGUAAAGUGUGAAAAGAUAGUUGUUUCUUACAACGGCUAAACGUCUGUGAUAUCUAUUAUCUAUAUACUGUAAAAGACUACAUGCUUAUCCGCGAUC